CGGUGGCGCGCUCGCGGGGCCUACGCCGGCGGAGAGUCUGCCCCGUGCGGCCGCCGCCACAGCCACGCGGGAGGGCAGCCCCUGUCCUCGCCCCCGCAGCAGCAGUGUUUGCCUGCAAGGGAGGGGCGGCCCCGGGACGUCCCCGUUGGUUUCUCCCGAGCCCGCUAGGGGCUCGUCUAGUCCCGGCCGCCCCGCCCCGCCCCGCCCCGAGCUGGCGUUUCCCGGUUCUGUAGCUAUGGAAGAAGACUUGGGAUACAGCAAAGUUGAACAUGUGGUAGGCUGUCAUGUGGAAGAUGCUGUAACAUUUUGGGCACAGAAUAUCAAUAGUAAUGAUGACAUCUUGAAAUUAAGCUGUGUACUGGCUGAAGUGUGUCCUCAGGCAAACUCAAUUUUUGGCAACCCUGAUCUUAAUAAGAUCUACGGAGGCUGUUUUUCUGAAGAUAAAUGCUGGUACAGAUGUAAAAUACAGCAAGUGAUCAGUGAUGAAAAGUGCCAAGUAUUCUACAUUGAUUAUGGAAAUUCUGAGAUUCUAAAUCGGUCAGAUAUAGUUGAGAUUCCGUUGAAGUUGCAAUUUCCUGAAGUGGCUAAAAAGUACAGAUUUUGGGGACUACAGAUUCCACCUAAUCAAGACUUAAACCAGUUUGACCAGGGGAGGAAAUUCUUAUGCAGCCUGACUUUUGAAAAAAAGAUAAGGAUGCGACAUAAAGCGCUGUAUCAGGAUGGUACCAUUUUUGCCCAGGCAGAAUGUGGAGAAGUGGAUAUCGGGGAAGAGAUGGUUAAGAAGGGGUUUGCUGAAAAAUGCAAGUCUCCUCCCAAUGCUGGCAGCUGUGAAGAGAAAAAUUCAGAUUCAGUUCAGUGCCUGGCUUGGAAUGUAAAAGGUUCAGUUUCCUUGUGGGCAAACAGGAGCAACCCUGCCGUGUACAGCAGAAGAAAAGCGUGUUUUGGUGACCAGCUAGCUACCAGCCUAAGGAAUUCUACUGGAAACCAUAUGCCACUUACCAAGGAAAAAAAUACAGCUUCUGACUUCAAUGUGGGAUCCAACAUCAGUUUGGCAAAAAUAAAACAGGAUCAGGCACUAUUUGAAGAGAAUGAAAAGCUUAAAGGGGAGAGAGAAGCUGCUAAAGAACAGAAUCAAAUUCUCCUACAGAAUUAUAAAGAACUAGAAUUGAAGAUGCAACAUCUUAAAUGUGAACUGCAGGAAGAAAAGAAAGCUUCUAAUGAAACUCAUAAACAUUUGGAGAAAACUUUGCAAACAUGUGUAGGAACUAAAAUGAGAAAUCUGGCUGCCAAGUUCAAGAUACUGAAAGAAGUUAGGCAUAAAAAAAUGAACGUUCGUUUUGGAGAUGACUUAUCAGAAGCUGUGGAAAUAGUUACUGAAGGAUGCCUUGCUACUCCGUUCUCCUUGGGAAAUUUGGAGAAGAUUUGGACAGAAUAUAACUUGGCUCAAGAGAUGAUUCAGUUAUGCAGAAAUGUGACUGAAGGGGAGAGCUUGAUUCUCAAAAGAAAUGAGGUGCAACAGAGUCUGUACCAUGCAGUGGAAGAAUUCAUUCUGGAAGUGGAUCAGCUGCCUCUCUCUGAGCGCUCAAGAACUUUACAGAGACUGUCUACUUCGCUGGAGGCAAUGCAUGGUGAAGUUAGUGAAGCAGAUGCCUCUGAGGAGGUAUUUCAGCAAUUCUUUGAGUGGAAGCAUUUUAAACUGGAGGAAUUCAGUCGUGUCAGAAGCAGUACAGAUGCUUCAUUGCAGACUCUUGCAGGAUGGUUUAAUGGCAUCAAAAAGUUUUUUGACUUGACAUCUGAAGUAACUUUAAAUUCAGAAGAAGUGGUUGGUAACGUGGAUGAAGUUCUUGAAAAUGUUGAGUCAAAUAUUUGUAAAGAGCUGGAGAUUUCUUUAGUUGAGCAAGAUGAAGCAGAUAAGAAAAUACUCUUAAAUGUAUACAGUAAAGUUAUACAGAAGAUCCAUCAAGAGCAAUAUCUAAUUACUAUAGUGCAGAGCAAGUACCUGGCCAGUGUGGAGUUUAAAAAGCAGAUGGUGGAGUGGUUGAACAGGAGCCCCGAUAUUGAGAACUUGUUAUUAAUUAAGAAGGCUUUGAAAAGCUUAAAGGCACGACUGAGGUGGAAGUUGGUGGAAAAAAGCAACUUGGAAGAAACAGAUGAUUACAAUGACUGUGAAAUGACUAAAAUAAAACAAGAAAUCACUGCACUGCGGAAUAGCCUCUUUCAGGAAAUACAUAAAGAAAAAAAAGAAUUAGAGAAACUUAAUUACCUUGUGCAGAAAUGGUUCCCUGAGCUGCCACUUCUUCACCCAGAAGCAGGGAUUCAAAAGUAUAUGAAUUCUGGUGGGCUUCUGACACUCAGUUUGGAACGAGACCUUUUAGAUGCUGAACCGCUGAAGGAACUGAGCACCAAGCGGCCUUUAGUGUGUUCUGAGAUUCAAGAUCAGAAGGUUCUUUUAAAGGGAUAUUCAGUAGAUGUGAACACAGAGGCCAAAGUGAUAGAAAGAGCAGCUAAGUAUCAUAGAGCUUGGAGCAGAUUGAAGGAGAAAUCUGGAUUAUUACAGUUGAUAUACCUUUUUUUGUGCAAGUCUGAUCCUUUGGCUUAUCUAAUGGUUCCAUAUUACCCAGGAGCAAGUCUGGGAGCAUUGCAAGCUAGUAAGCCUCUGACUUCAGAAGAAAUAUUAAAAGUGAUGAAAGGAGUGGCAUGUGGGUUGCAUACACUGCACAGAGCUGAUAUAGUGCAUGGAUCAUUGCACGAAAAUAAUGUGUUUGCUGUGAAUCGAGAGCAGGGACUUGUGGGAGAUUUUGACUUCACCAGAUCAGAGGAUCAGCGUGCCUCUGCAAACUCUAUGAAAGCUGGGACCUUGAGCUUAAUUUCACCAGAACUAAAAAUGGGACAGCCAGUUUCUCCAGCAUCUGACAUGUAUGCCUAUGGCUGUCUUCUAUUCUGGCUUUGCGUUCAAGACCAAGAAUGUAGGAUAAAAGAAGAUGGAACUCCUAAAUUGGAUGGACUUAAUGUGGAAGAUAAGAUUAAGUCCCUGCUGUUGAAUCUGAUCUCCUGCAACAGAAUGACAGCUGAACAGGUGCUGGAGGCAGAUUGUUUCUUGUGGCCCAGCAUGAUCUCGGUUCCCCCACAAGAUGAACCAGGUAAAGAACAUGAAUGUGAAAAGGCAAAAGAAGAAAGCCAGGAUGUAACUGGCUUGGAUGAUAAGGAAGAGGACAAUGAGACAGACACUUCUCAAUAGGCCAAAAAACUCAUCAAAUAUUUACCUCCGAUAUUUCAAUUUCUAGCUCCAAAAGUAGUUGUCCUAGUCUCUCGUAUUCAGAAUGUAAAGAAGAAAAAUAGGAUUAACACAGUCAUUUUUUUUCUGUAUUUAAAACUGUGUGGUUUCUUUGCGUUUUAUUUUAAAGGCAUAUUUUUUAAAGUAACCAGUUGAAGUUAAAGAAGGAUACUGCUGACUGAGGCAUUUGCAAGAUGACAUUUGUCAACUUUCUUCUUCGCUUUGAAUAUUCUUUAAAUGAGAAGUUAUAUGUUUGAUAGUUGUGCUGUUUUCCAGAUGCCAGGAAAGCAGAGUGAGAGUGUCAUGACUAAUUUUCAUUAGUCCCUUGUCCUCUCCCUAUUUUACUCUGCUUCUAAAUAUUCCUGGUCAAGUAGAUUAGUUCCUUUUACUAGAUAAUUUGCUUUUGUAUGUAUUUUUCCAGAUAGGCAGAUACUCCAACAGCAGCUACCUCCAAAAUUAAAAAAAAAAAAAAUCCCCCUCAUCUCACCACCAGCAACCAAACACUCUUCCUUUCCUAUGCUGCUACUCCCCCACACUUCCCCCCACAAAAACCCCCUCAGAGUCCAACACUGUUCUGACAGCUGGUCAGUAAAACCAAUAGAGAAAGCCAUUAAGUAUGUUUUUUUUAAUUCCCCUAUGAUCUAAGCAAGGUAUCUUUGGAACCUCCUUGAUUUAGUAGUCUGAAGAUACUGUCUUUAUCUUCUUUUUUCUGUGCUGCCACCUAUUUGGACAAAUAAAAAUGCUACAUUUUGCUUAUCACAAAACACUCUAGUUUUAUCUCUGUCUCAAAGAAACGUGAACAUGAAAGACUGGUGUUUACAAUUCAUAACUGCAUCAAUUGUAGAGCUACCAUUCAUUAGGAUUGUUUGCCUGCUUGUGAUUCAUUGUCACUGAAGAAUCCUUGUCACACCUUUUUUAUUUCAUUUUGCAGUUAAUUCUUAUCUUUCCAGUAUUUCUUCCCAACAAACAUAGAUGCUUCUUUUUGGGGGUUUUUGUGCUUGCUUGUCUACUUUUAGAUCUUGCAAAUUUUUCACUAUAUAGUAGGCGGGGAUGCUUGAAUGAAGUAAAAAUAGAAACUCAAAAGCAUUAUGCAAAAAUUGGAACUAGAUUUUAUUUAUCUCUUUGCAGUAUAACAAGGCAAUGUUGAAGGUUAAUGGAUUAAUGUAAAGGUUUUCUUACCUGCUGCAUAACUCUUCAGCUUAUUACUAUACAUAAAGAAUUGUGUGGGGAUUGGGAGCAGCAAAGGAAAAGGGUCAGGUUGAGAGAAUUUUUUAGGAAUAUAUCUGGCCACUAGAUGUUGCCAUUGAACAGGGCUUUUGCCAUAGAGAAAUGUAAUAGAAUCCCUGUAAUAGGUCUCUUUACCUGUUGAAGAAUACAGAAUGUGGCUUUUUAUUUUUAUUUUUAUUUUAUUUUUUGAGAAAAUACUGGGAAAUCCCAAGUACAAUGAUGAAGGUGUAUAUUAGAUCUAAAUGUAGGCAUAGGCAAUGCAGCUUUCGUGUUAAGAAUGUUUUGGCAGUAGUGGUCUUUCAUCCUUAUAUGAUUUAAUUUGUUUUUCUGACUUUGGUUUUUGUCACAGAAAGUUUGUUUAAAACAAUUAGUCAUUUUACUGAUUGCAUAUGUAACUUUGCAUAUGUAAUAAAAUCAGUGAUGGCAAAAGUUUGUUAAA